UAUUUCACAACCUGAGUGGAUAUGACGCUAAUUUUCUGAUACAAGAUAUUGCCACAAGAAUGGAAGGGAAAAUCGAUUUGUUACCGAUAACUAAGGAGAAAUAUAUCAGUUUCACCAAACACUAUGAUGAUUAUCACAUUAAUUUCCGAUUCAUUGAUAGUUUCCGAUUCAUGGCUUGCUCUUUAGACAAACUAGCGUCCUAUUUAGAAGAGUUUCCGAACUUGAAAUCACAAUUUCCUGAGGAAUCUGAAGAACAUAUCAGUCUUCUUACGAACAAAGGAGUAAUGCCAUAUGAUUAUAUCGAUUCCUAUGACCGAUUCGAUGAAACUUCUCUUCCACCUAUUGAAGCAUUCUAUAACAAAUUGGAUUGUAGGAAAUGUCCACGAAGAAGAUAUGAGAGAGCACAACUUGUGUGGAAUAAAUUCAAAUGUCAGAAUUUGGGCGAAUACAGCGAUCUCUACAUGAAAACUGACAUUCUAUUGCUGGCUGACGUAUUUGAACAAUUUCGAUCGAGCUGCCAUAAGACUUAUGGAUUAGAUCCUGCGCAUUAUUUUACUUUACCAGGAUAUACGUGGGAUGCUAUGUUGAAAUAUACAAAACAGGAAUUAGAACUUCUCACCGAUGUUGAUAUGUUUUUGUUUGUUGAAAGAGGAAUUCGGGGCGGCCUUAGUCAAGUAUGUGGUAAACGACGAGCACAUGCGAACAACAAGUAUAUACCAAACUAUGAUUCAACUAAACCAGAAAAUUACCUCAUGUACUUUGAUGUCAACAAUCAAUAUGGAUGGGCAAUGUCACAAUGUCUACCAUACGGCGGUUUUACGUGGACCGAUACAAAUAUAAAUGUCUUGCAAAUUCCUGAUGAUGCUCCCGAGGGUUAUAUUUUAGAAGUCGAUCUCGAAUAUCCUAGAGAAUUGCAUGAUGUGCACAAAGAUCUUCCAUUCUGUCCAGAACAUUACAACUCUAAAACUCAAACACCUUGUUAUGCAUCUCAGCAAAACGCUAAACUUAUGGCCACAUUACAUCAAAAGAAGAAAUAUAUCAUCCACUACAGAAAUCUGAAGCAAGCAUUGAAGAAUGGAUUGAUUAUAACAAAAAUACAUCGAGUGCUCAAGUUCAAGCAAUCUACAUGGCUCAAGUCUUACAUCGACCUCAAUACGGAUCUGAGAAAGAAUGCCGAAAAUGAGUUCGAGAAGAAUCUCUUCAAACUGAUGAACAACGCUGUUUUUGGAAAAACGAUGGAGAAUAUUCGGAAAAGGGUUAAUGUCCACCUUCUAACAAAAUGGAAAGGACGAUAUGGGGCGGAAACUUAUAUCUCCAAACCUGAAUUCAAGAACUCUGUUAUUUUCAAUGAGAACUUUGUAGCUGUUGAAAUGCGAAAGCUGCAGAUCUAUUUGAACAAGCCAAUUUAUGUGGGAAUGAGUAUCUUGGAUUUGGCUAAAACUACUAUUUAUGACUUCCAUUACCACUACAUGAAUGAAGCUUUCAGUGCUGGCUGUACCAUCUUAUACACAGAUACCGAUUCUCUCAUUUAUGAGGUCUCUGAAGAUCCUUAUGAAAGAAUGAAACUUGACUGUUAUGAAAGAUUUGAUACCUCAGAUUAUCCCAAGAAUAAUACUUACGGUAUUCCUCAAGUUAAUAAAAAGGUAUUAGGAAUGAUGAAGGAUGAAAACAAUGGAAUAUCAUGUGUAUUCACUGACACAGGAAAAAAUAGCUUUAAGUCCUGAAGACGAUAAACGAUGUUUGGUGCCCGGAACAUUCAACACUGUACCGUGGGGUCAUUAUUCACUCAAUAAACGCAAGAUUGAGGAAUAUGAUGAACCAAGGAAGAAGAUUUCAAUGUUGGAAAAAUUGUUGACUAUGUGAUUUAAAUUUUUUUCAGCGAUCACUCUG